AUAUCUAGUAAAGAAUCAAAAAUCAAAAAUGUUGAAAAGAAUUUUCAAAAGAAAAAAGUAAAAUAUGACAAAUUUAAAGAACCCAUUAAUGAUUUAACUAUUAAAAAAGAAUCUGAAGAUAAUAGUGAUGAAGAUGAUGAAUUUUUUAAUGUUAAUUCUAACAUUGUUAAUUAUAUUGAUGUUGAUGAUUAUAAUGAACUUGAACUAGAUAGAAUAAGACAAUUUAUUUAUGUAUUCCAUGCAUCUAAGCUUCAAGAAGAUUAUAUUGAAAAAAAUAUUUAA